GUGUAAGCCUAAUCUUUUCUAUCCCUUUUACAGCUCAUGGAAAACAAGAAGAUGUUUCUGUCUCAGCAUUCAUGUACACAAAGGAAGAUAUAUUAGUAACUCUGGGCUCCUCAUCUGUCACAUACAAACAGGACACAGCUCGUGAAUUAGCAUGUUUUCUGGUGAGCCAAAUGGAUUGCCUCACUUCUUCCAGUCAUGACAUGAUUCUCAGUAGGUUCGGUUUAACAGCUGAAGAUUUUCAGUCAGUGGAUUGUGAUGUUAUGCUAGCAAUGGUCUAUGGAGAGAGACCACCAGCUUGGAACAUUACUGGGAAUUGUUCAGAAGAUGAAUCAGAACACAAGGAAACACUUCUCCAUCUCUCAAUGAGAUUGGGCUUGGUUAAACUUUCCCAGUACCUGUUUUUCCAGCCAGGUGGGCCAGAGGCAGUCACACUACCUAAUGAAGAUGGGUUAACACCGUUGGAUUUGGCUUUGCAGAAUGGACAUGACAGACUUGUUGAAAUUUUCUCCAAGAGGGAGGUCAGCCAUCCAUUUGAGGUUUCUAAAGUAGAUCUUGGUGAGAAUGCUAUCCUACAAUUUGCUCAUUCAUCGGGAACUCUGUCACUGACAUUUAAUCGCAAAGCAGACCGUAUGCUAGAAUCUGAUAUUCAGCUGUUCAGGAAAUACUUCUGGGAUACAGCUUUUCCACACAAGAAUCUUACUCCAAAACAAGCUGAAACACUAGGAGAAGCACAGAUGCCUUGUGACUCUACAACUUCUGCAGCAGAAGAUCUCGUGGGCUUUGUAUCUGAGGAGCCAUCUCCUAAAAAUGAAGAUGUGACGGUACAUAGUGAUCGUACAGUUCAGGUGGUUGAACAUGAAGAUGAUGCUGUGUUGGAUUUAGUCCAGACGCAUUCUCCAUUUGAGGCCUAUAAGAAGAGAUCAGAUCCCUCCACGUUCUUUGCAGCAGCCAAUCUUUCAGCUGCAUCGAAUGGAAGUGAUGAGGUGUAUGCAAACCGGAUGGUAGUGGACCAGAUGGAAGAUGCUGGUGUCAAGUUCAUUGAUGUCAGCCAGUCUGCUGAAAGUGUCACAGAUCAAGUUGCCCCAAGUGAUGAUCCAGAAGCAUCGGCAAAUAACGCAGCCAGUGGAAACCUGUCUUCCCUCAUUUCUUCUGGUAUGGAUACAGCUGGUUCUUACAGUUCACUGAAGAAGACACUGGCAUUUGCCAAUCAACGAAAUCAACGCUACUCCAUCAUGAAAAAAAGAAGUUCUAGUCUUGAUGACUUGGAUGUGGACAAUGGAGAUGAACGAAUUUCUAACCGACCUCAUAACUAUUGCCCUUCAAUGUCCUUCAACUCUUCUGCAGUCCUGGCUAGUAGAAAGAGUGGGCUAAGCUCUUCAGAAACAGCCAGCGAACUAGAUUUUAAUAUAAACAGUGCUGAAUCCCUUCCUUUAUCCAACAAUACGGAGUCAAAGGAAUCUAUACUUUCAGGAAUCCGAUCUCGUUCAUAUUCUUAUACUUCACCCAAAAUCCUACCAGGGAAAUCACGCUGUGUACAGGACUUUACAACAUGUGAUUCAGAUCAACAUGCAUUCGGUUCAUCUGAACAAUCAGGAGACAAAAGGAUUCAGGAAGAAGAAUGGGAUAAGUACCUCAUACCUACUAAAUCAGAAUCUGAAAAAUAUAAAGUUAGCCGUACCUUCAGCUUCUUGAUGAACAGAAUGGCCAGUACACGAAAUAAAUCCAAGACAAAAAAUAAAGAUGUCAAAGAGAAGGAGAAGCUUAACAGGCACCAGUUUGUCUCUGGGACAAUCACUGGGGUUAUGCCAUGUUUCGCAUGCGAGAAAGCUCUUCUUGGGAAGGACUCCCUGCAAUGCUCUUAUUGCAAUGCAGUUGUGCAUAAACAUUGUAAAGACUGUGCUCCUACUUGUACAAAAAAAAUCCAAGAGAGAUGCCAUAUUAAGAACAGGACACAAACUGUCCAGACAAAUCCUUCAUUCAGAGACAUUCCGCAGCCAACAUUCUCCACAGCUCAGCCGUCUACCUCAACGCCCAUUGGACUUUCUUCUGUAAAAAAAGAUCCACUGCAGCAACAACAGUCUUUAUCCGGAAGUGUUCCAAGUACCAGUUUUGAAAGAAAAUGUAUGCCACCUUUGGAUCCAGAUAGUGAUGCCAGUGGCUGGAGAUCGAGGUCACAUUCCGAAGAGCUGCUGCAGUCUAUAGGAACUACUUCAUCGAUUGACUCAUUUAUGAUUGAAGAUGAUGUAGAUGCCUCUCUGUGGAGUGAUCUGAGCACUGAUGCACUGGAAUUUGAGGCAGAAUCUUGGAGUCUCAUUGUGGAGCCAGUGUUUUGCAACAAACAAGAAAAGGAUGUUAUCAAACGACAAGAUGUGAUCUUCGAGCUGAUGCAAACUGAAGUGCAUCACAUCCAUACCCUGUUCAUUAUGUCUAAAAUAUUCAGAAAAGGAAUGAAAGAAGAACUGCAAAUGGACCAUAGCACAGUGGAGAGAAUAUUCCCCUGCUUAGAUGAAUUGCUAGAAUUUCACCAGCAGUUCUUCUGCAGAAUGAAGGAAAGACGACAGGAAUCAGCUGAAGAGGGAAGUGACAGAAAUUUUGUGAUCAGCAGAAUUGGAGACAUUCUUGUGCAGCAGUUUUCAGAGGAGAAUGCCAACAAAAUGAAGACUAUAUAUGGGGAAUUUUGUAGCCACCAGAAAGAAGCAGUCAGCCUUUUCAAAGAGCUGCAACAAAAUAAAAAGUUCCAGAACUUUAUCAAAGUAAGAAACAGUAAUCUAUUGGCUCGACGUCGUGGAAUCCCAGAAUGCAUUCUGCUUGUUACUCAAAGAAUUACGAAGUACCCAGUUCUAGUAGAGAGAAUACUGCAGUAUUCCAAAGAAGGGACCGAGGAACACAGAGAUUUGUGUAAAGCCCUUUCCUUGAUCAAGGAUUUGAUUGCAGCAGUUGAUUUGCAAGUCAAUGAGUAUGAGAAAAAACAAAAAUUGCUGGAGAUCCUCAGUAAAAUUGAAAACAAAACAUAUACAAAGUUAAAAAAUGGGCAUGUUUUCAGGAAGCAAGAUUUGAUGAAGAAACAGAGAACACUUUUGCAUGAAGGUUUAGUCUAUUGGAAAACAGCUACAGGACGUUUCAAAGAUAUAUUAGCUCUGCUUCUUAGUGAUGUGAUGUUGUUUUUACAAGAAAAGGAUCAGAAAUACAUCUUUGCAGCUGUUGACCAGAAGCCAGCUGUGAUAGCCCUCCAAAAGCUUAUUGUCAGAGAGGUGGCCAAUGAAGAGAGAGGGAUGUUCCUGAUUAGUGCAUCAUCCACAGGACCUGAGAUGUACGAAAUCCAUACCAGUUCCAAAGAGGAGCGUAGUCACUGGAUGAGGCAGGUGCAGGAGGCAGUGGAAAGUUGUCCAGAGGAAGAAGGAAAAAUGAGUGAAUCUGAUGAGGAUCGAAGAAUAGCUGAAGCCAGAGCAGCCAAAAUCCAAAAAUAUCAAGUAAUCUUGAAUAAUCAGGACCAGCAAAUCUGCAGCUACUUGGAAGAGAAACUUAAUAUAUAUGCAAAGCUUGGUGAUAUGAGUGGAUUCGAAGAUGUUCAUGUAGAGCCACACCUGCUUAUAAAACCUGACUCUGGAGAAACACCCCAAGUAGCCUCAAUUCUGGCUGCAGCUCUCAAGGAAGCAGAAAACCUCCACAUGGCUGUAAAAUUAACACAAGGAAAUGACUCAGAAGAGAAUAUUGGAGAAACUUGCCUGAGAAAUCACAGCGAAGCUGAAGUCUGUGAGUCUUUCACUGAUUUUGCAGAACAAAAGGUAGAGAAGGAGCAUUGUGAUUCAGAUCUUCAGGAUACAAACUGUGUAACAGAAGCUGACCUGUUAGACCAGGAAGAAAGGAUAUGCUUGGGUGCUUCUACGCCAAUGGAGGUGAGUUGUGUUGAUUCCAAUAUAAAGUCUAUUGUUGUACAGACUAUCCAGAAUUUAACUCGCCUGUUAUACAGCAUACAGGCAGCCUUAACUAUCCAGGACACUCACAUGGAGAUCCAUAAGCUGCUUCUGCAGGAACAUGAAAGAUCCAGCUGGAGCCACAGUUGCCGUAGCCCCUCUUUGCUAGAACAAGAAAAGCACCGAAAUGUUAGAUCGAAGGAGGAACUCGCCAACAUACAGAAACUCCAGCACCAGUUUCAGCAAGAGCAGCAGCGGUGGCACCGUGAAUGUGAGCAGCGGCAACAGGAGCAUGAGGCAAGAGAGAGGCUGUUGGAGGAGAAAGAGAAAGAAUGCCAGAGCCAAGAGGAGCUGCUUAGCAAGAACUGGGGGCAGCUGGAUCUCCAGCUGCAGGAUUACCAGCAGAACCUGGAGAGGCUCAUGGAGAGCCAGAGGAUGGUGGAGAAAGAACGGGAAAUGGUCAGACUGCAACAAAAGAUCCUGCACCACUGGAAGCACAGCCGCCAAAGCAGUCUGCCUGCCGUCAUCUCACCAGGAAGCAAUGAGAUCAUGAGACAUUAUCAAUCGGAGAGUUUUUGCAGUGAAAAUUCAGUCUUCAUAAAAGAAGCCAUAGUGCAGAUGUCAUUAAAUCACCUCAACAGAUCAAAUUCAGCUUUAGCUUACCAGGAUAGCGUGCGUGGUAUAAAUCUACCAAGUUCAGCUAUAUCAAGGACUGCAGAAAAUCAGAUCAAACUCAACAUGGACACUUCUUGUCAGCACACGUCCCCUGAUGAUCUCUCAAAAUCUACUGGACUCUUCCAUCAUAUCUCCAGCUCCAGCACAAGCCACACAGAUGUUUGUAACAAUCCUGGGGGCACUGAAGAAGUGAACAGCAGAAUGAACGUGGUCAAUGAAGACUGCAUGAACACUCCAGGAAUGUAUUCAGAUCUACCCUCUAAAAGUCAGAUACCCAAAUGUCAAGACGUGAAUGCACUGCACAGCCACUGCUUAAGAUCACAUUCCAAUGAUGAUCAUGGUAAUCUACAGCACCAUUCAGACGUUCUGCUGCACAGCGUUCUGGAUGACAUGGAAGAGGAUCCAGAAUAUGAAGGCACUGAGGAAAAGAUUGUUUAUCUUUAAUCUCUCGUCCUGUAUUAUCGGUAGCACUUUGGGGUAGUUUUUCUAAUUCUUCAUAGUUGCACUUUGUCCAAAUUGGUUUGAAGAUGUAUUAUUUAUUACAAGUGCAAAGUUUUCCAUACCUGUAAGUUAUUUUAAAAAAUACGAUGUAAUAUUUAAAUUAUGACACAUUAAAUCUGAAAUAUUCUACAAAUAACAUCAAACACUGGUGAACCUUGCAACCAGGAAUGACAUGCAAUGAAUAAUAGGAGGUUUGGAGAGUUAAUGCAACUCAGCAACUUCUCUGAAAAGAGUGAAACAAAAGGGAUCAUGAAAAAUUGGAAGUGAGAGUUUGUUGGGUUACCAAACUUUUUUGGUAUUCUAGGCAUUUAUAGUUUAACUAUAAUAUAGGUCCCUCAGAAUGGAUAGUUUUCUUGGUGCUGUGACUGCUUCAGAAUAUCUGCCAUAGAAUAAACAUUAUAACAUAUAUGACUGAAAUUCUGUUAGUUCUGUAAGUCACACUAGAACAGGACCAUUGAAUGAGUGGAGAUUUGGUGAGUCAACUCUUCCAUAAAUUCCAUUGAUUCAAAAGGGCCUACUGUGCUUGUGACUUAC